GCACGCUACAAGGGAGUGUCAACACAUUAAGUCUGCAGAAUUGGAGAUUGACCCAGGAGGAGAUUGAGGAGUUGCUGAGACUCAAAAAACUGGAGCCAAUUUUUCAGCAAGACCAGGAGACCACGCCCAUGAGUGAGACAGACAAGGCAAGACUACUGUAUAGGCAUUUAAUAUAAGCAACGCAAAAUGGUAAAGGAGAAAUGGCCCUUAGAGUAUGUCAUGGUUAUAUAUUUUCUUGUUCUUAAAACUAAAGUUUAUAUGACUGCAAAGACAAUGUACUAAAUGUCAUGAAAUAUUUUGUAUUUCAGUUGAGUUUGGAGAAAACCGAAUGGCAGGUCUUGGCAGAGGCUGACCAAAUUGCUCAACAGGAGAAACUGAGAGAGAUUCAGAGACAGCGAGACACUGAAAUAUAUAUAGAAAGAAUGAGAGAGAUGGAGAGAGUCUCGGACAUUGAGAGACAGCAGGUGAGAAUGAGGGAGUGGGAGAGAAUGAGAGACAUAGAGAGGAAAAGAGAGAGAGAGCUGGUGGAAGAAUUGACCAGGAAAGAGAUGAAACAAGAGGAAAAUGUGAUGAAAGACAUGAAAGAAAGGCUGUAUGACAGACAGAGAACACUGGAGAAACAACUAGAGGAACAAAUAAGAAAAAUGGACAGAGAGAACGAGACAAGAGACAAGGAGAUGCGGCUUAAAGUCAUGGAGGAAAAGUGUGCUAGGGCGAGAGAAAUGGAGCAAAAGAGACAAAAGGAAAGAGUAAGAGAGUCUGAAAGUAAACGCCAACGGGAGGGGGAGGCAAAGAUACUGGAGAUGGAACGUAAACUAGAGAAAACGAGAGUGGUGACUCAGAGAAGGGAAGAGGGAUUGUUGGGACAGAUUGAACAUGAGCAGGAAACUAAAAUGGAGGCACCAAGACACAUAGAAACAACAAUGAGAAAAGAAAGACUGAGGCACCUGGAUAUUCAGAGAGAGCUGGAGCAAGUGAAGGAGGAAUGUCAAGACAUGGGAUCAGAGGUACGGAGAGAGAGAGACAGAGAGAGCACUCUGAGGGAACACAUAGAGAUAUCAGAGCGAAGGCUGGACACUGAGCGAAGAGAACUGGAGAAACAGCAAGAAAUGAAGAAGCAGCUUAAAAAAAUGGAGCAAAAAUUUGAGAUGGAGCGGAAGAGACAUGACGAAAGAUGGAGGGAAACUGAGGACAAGACGAGAGAGCUGGAGAGAAUGCUAGAAACAGAAAGAAAGGUGGCUCAGCGACGAGACCAGGAGUUGUUGAAGCUGAGAGAAGAGCUGGAAAAAGAAAAACAGGAAAAAUUGAUGAAAAUGGAAAGACAGAGAGAGAUUGAGAGGGAAGAAAAAAGAACAACUGUGAGAGAGAAAGAACACGAGAAAAAACUCAAACCAAGAGGAAGAAAUGCAGCAAGAAAAACAGAUGAAGAUGAAAGAUUGACAGAGGUGACUAAACAGGACACAAAAGAGGUAAAGAACCUCUGGAAUGAGGGAAUGAACUGUGCGGAAGAAAUUAAGCUAAAAGUGGUGAAAGGGAAGAGAGAAGGUUUACAAGAGGGACAGCAAAUUAUGGAUGAAGAACUAUUCAUCAAGAAGGAAAGAAUGAGUGCAAGGAAAAACAAGAUGGAAGGGGAGGGAGAAAGAGAAAUGGAAGGGCAGCAGAUGGAGAGAUGUGGACAACUGGAUGAAGAAAUCAAUAGAAAUUUUGAAAAAGAGAGAGAGAUGGAGCAAAAGAAAAGUGAAGAAAGGUGCAGUGAGCUUAGAAAAAGUCGUCAGAAGAAGCGCAAGGAAAAGGCCCAAGAACUGGAAAAGCAGAGAAAGCAAGAGGAAGAAGAUGCAGUACAGGAAGACAAGAAAAAGUGUAAGAAAAAGACACUGUGCGUCAAAGGAGACACAGAGACACAAAAACUGAAUGAGGCCAAGACAAAUACUGCUACACAAGAAAAUGGCUGGAAAGACAAAUCGGAUGAAGACAAGGAUGGAAAGUGGACAAAGGAGCCAAUGGGGGGACAGACUCACCUGAGAAAUAUGGAUAUACAGGAAGAGAAUGAAAGGCAGAAAGAGCAAGAGAAGAAGUCGGCAGAUAUAUUAAAGGAGAACGAACAGAGAGAAAAAGCCUACCAGGAAGAGCAAAGACAACAACAGCAACAGAGAGAGGCACAAGAGAAAGAAAGGCAAAAAGAGCUUGAAAGACAAAGGGAGACUGAGAAAGAGAAGGAGAUUGACAAGCAGAGAGAGAUACAAAAACAGACUCAUGUGGAAAAACAGGACCAGGAGCAACCAAAGAUGGAAGCAAAGGCUCAAAUCCAGACCAAUGAUAAACCUAUGGAGGUUACUGGGCAGAGAUCGGAAUGCCAAAACAUAACAAACAAACAAGCAAUCAAUUAUCCUGCAAAGGUUAAAGGUCGCAGAAUGCUGUGCCAGCCUAUGGUUCAGGCUACUGGAAAUCAAAAGCCAAAACCCCGCCGUGUGAAGUCACACAUACAGACCAAGACCAAACAAACACCUGACCCAGCGGAGACUCUGCCUGUUACUGAGUUAACAUCCACUGCCACUGAUUACCCACAAACCACCUGUCAGGCAGUAGAGCAGAGUGACUCUGAUGAGCAACCGAGAAGAGACAACACGGCCAUCAUGCCAUCUGAGAAGGAGGAUGAACCCCAGGUGAACACAGCAGGGCAAGUAGCCCAGAGCAGCAGGAAUCCCUCUCAGGCCCAGAGUCUCGCAUCAGAUGGGAGCGAUGGGGAGGAGAUGAAUGGAGGAGAAGAACAGGCUGAAAACACUUCACUGCGCUCUGCUGAUGAGAUGGCACAGGAGGAGAUUCCAGCUGACGCAGAGAGCAUUGAGACAGGGCAGAGCGGUUGGGUACAGAAGGAGAGGAGUGUGAGGAGGAAAGUCUUUGGAUGGGUUAAUGAAAAAGCAAAAAACUACUAUCAGAAAAAAAUUGACAGGACACAUGUGAGAGAAGAGGAGGAGGGACACAUCUUUUACCUGCCAUGUAAGAUAUCUGACAUGUUCAUGUCGUUUCACUCAUGCAUCCCUGAUUAAUUGGUUUGGCAAAGAAAUGUAAUAUCUCAUAUCGCAGUUGUGUUGUGUAGCCCAUAACCUUAUUUUCUUUGUUUAGGGUAUGCUGAAUGGUCAAUUUCUCGAGCAGAAAGGGAGCAGGAAAAAAGGAAGAAGUUACUAAAAGCAGAGGGAAAACGGCAAAAAAUGGAAAACACCUGGAAAGAGUGGGAGGCUAAAAAGAAGGAGAAAAAGGAGAAGAAGUGGAAUCAAGAGGUAGAAGAAUGUGAGAAGAGAAGGGCGAAACGCCUGGAAAAAACGCAGAAAUUAAAGGAUUUAGAAGAGCAUUAUUUACAAAAGUCUAAAAAGGUCUGUAUUUAGUGGUGUCUCAUUUCAGUUAUUCAUAUCAGAGCCAUGCCAGUUGGGGUGUUUCUUAUGCCAAAAUGUGCUCUUUCCAUAUUUCAGUGAGCAGUUCAGAAAGACCAAGACUCAACUUCAGAAAGGAAGGAAAGUUUUCAAAUGAGACCAGUAUUUUUUCUGUUAUUUUAUUUUUUUGUUAUUUUAUUUUACUUUAUUUUAUUUGUUUCUCAUUAUUAUUAUCAAAUAAAACAUUUAAAGACAUAUAUGUGGUUUAAUGUCUUUCUUUACUGUAUAUAUAACAAUGAGAUAUUUGUUAACUGACUUGCUUAUUGAGAGUUGUUUAUCUAAACGAAUCAUUCUCACUCUGAACUGAAGUCAUACAAUGACUGUAUGACUAAAAUAGCAGAAAAUUGAUUCAGCGCUGUUCACUAUCCAGUUGAGACUGAGUCCCAUGAGAAGGGUCAAUCAAAAAUCCAAGUGCAAUGGAUUUCAGUCACGCAAAAGUGAAAUGCUGAUGGCCAUAUGCCAUACUCCUUGCUAUUUGUGGGUGGCUAUAUGUGGGUUCUUAUAUAAAUCAUAAUAAUAAUAACACAUUUUAUUUAAAAGUGUGUCUCAGGACACUCAGGUCAGGUUUCAGGUUACCUCACACAUACAACAAACUUUUUACAAGCCAACCACAUUUUUGAAAGGUGUUAUGUUUUUAGGGUCACCUGCCCUUAGGUGAUCAAUAUACUAAAAUACAAGGGCACUCGAAGAGCGCAGACCUCUGUGAUCCAUAUACCUAACUACAAGGGCACUCAAAGAGACAAGGGCACUCGCAGACUUCCGCCACGGCCAAAUGCCCUAUCUCGCAAUGUCACAGAAAGGGCCAAAAAGGGGUUCUUCUUUGGUCUGUCCGCCAAGUUUCAUGACAAUUGGCCUGGUGUUUUUGGCGUUAAUCUUGAUCGACAG